AUGGCGAAGGGCCGGAAACUGACGCAGAGCCGCAGCGAACGGUUGCUCGGAAGCUACAGCAGCUACAGCCACGCUCAUGACUCGCCGGAGCUCGGCGAAGACGACGUCUGGUCGAUGGUGAACACCGUGGACGAAAGGGAAGACCCCGAAAUCGAAAAUUCGCACGGAGAUUGGAGCCCACGCGCCUCCGCUGAGACAAACGGGGGCGUCUCGUCGAGGAGGAGCCGCCGAAUUGCAAGGGAAGAUGGCAACGUGGGUGGCCUGUCAUUGGCUUUUGACGAUUCCGGAAAAACGGCGUCAUCACCUAGGAUCGUGCACCAGUUCCGCGGACACGACAGCGUGGCGUCCCCACGUGCGCACCACAUGGCCACGUCAGCUCCCGUGAACGUGCCGGACUGGAGCAAGAUUCUCCGGGUCGACUCGGUGGACUCCCUGUACGAGUUGGACGAGGAGUUGGAUGGGAAUGACUCGGAGAUGAUCCCGCCACACGAGUACCUAGCGCGUGAGUACACGCGUGGCGCGACGUCAGUUUUCGAAGGCGUCGGGCGGACCCUGAAGGGCCGGGACAUGCGGCGGGUAAGGGACGCGGUGUGGAGCCGGACCGGGUUUGAUGGUUAA